AUGGCGGCAUUUACUGCACCUGAUACGCUCAUUUUUGUACCUCCUCCAAUGGAUGACCGACCUUUAGCAAAUCAACUUCUCACCGAAGAUUCUAUCUCUCACUAUUUAACCGAGGAGACAUGGGAGGAGAAAGACGAUACAAAGAAGUGGGCUAGAGAACGAGGCAAGUUGAUUAGGUGUAUCAUAGUUUGUAAUGGUACCACUAAUGAUAGUGCCUUUCAAAUGGUUUGCGAGUGUAGCGGAAAACAUAAAAGUCACGCAAAAAAGGAUACCUUGCAAGUAGCAAAGACAAAGAGGAAGAAUAUUACUUUCAGUAAGAAGACGGGAUGCCCCUUCAAGCUUCAGUUUAAAAGGAACAAGGCAAAAAGGUGGUUUUUGGAGAAAGUUGUAUGUGGUAAUCAUAACCACCCUAUACCCGAGAGUUUGCUAUCACACGCUUAUGCCAGACGCCUUACCAAAGAAGAAGAGAAUAUAGUAGAAUCACUGACACAAAUUCGUAUGAAGCCGAUUGAUAUCCUCGCUCACUUAAAGGAAAGAAACCCUCAAAAUGAUUCUAAUUUGGAUAAUAUCUACAAUGCAAGAAAAAAUACAAUGCUAGGAAAUGGGAACAAAGGCACGAAAUGCAAAAAUUAA